CAACACCCUCCUUGCCAGGCUCCCUGCUCCCUAUAAAAGACAGAUGGAGCCUCCAGAUUAGAAGAGUUAGACCAACCCAGAAGACUCGAGCCUUCACUCCAAAGUCCUUGCUCUCAACAUGAAGAUCUCUGCAAUGCUUCUGUGUCUGCUGCUCGUAGCUGCCACCAUCAGCCCAGGAGAGAUGGCUGAGCCAGAUGAAGUGCCCCUUCCAGUUGCCUGCUGCUUUUCUGUAAUCUCGAGGAAGAUCCCCUUGCGGAGGCUGCAGAGCUACACCAAAACCAGUACCCAGUGUCUCCUGACAGCUGUGAUCUUCAAGACCAAGCUGGGUAGAGAGAUCUGUGUGGACCCCAAGCAGAAGUGGGUCACUGAUUCCAUGAAGUUCUUGGACCAGAAGUCUCAGACUCUGCAGGCUUGAAACUUCACACUCGGGCUGAGAGAGAAUCAGAGCCGGAAGUUCUCCCCUAACUUUUCCAGGCACAGAGUUGUUACAAGCAGAUGGUGUCUGGGCUGGGUGUUCCCUUAUCCUUGUCUCUUACCUGAAAUAAUUCUAAUUACUUCAAAAUUAUUCAAAAUCCAUCCUAUCUGAAUAGCUUCAAUAAAAGCUCAUACAGA